CGUUCGGCACACGCGCUGUGUCUCUUAUGGUGACUGAUCGCUGAUCGUGCAUUGCGCGCUUGCUUCCGCCGUGUGAUUGUGUGUUGUAAUCGUUGGCGUUGUAAUUUCGUAUGACUUACCGCUCGGUCAGGGCUGUGCUAUGUUCUCCUUACUAGGCUUUCUGUCCAAGUGUUUUGAAGUGAGCUGGACAUUGGGUGUCAAUGUAGUCCUCUUCACCGCCAAUGGCGUUCGUCCCUACUGGACGCCGGCGAACAUUUUCGUCUUUUCACUCGCAGCUUCGUGGGUUAUAUACAUCUGGGAAACUUAUUUAUCUUAUAGACAGUACAAAAUAUGCAAGAAGACAGUGACCAUUCCGUCGGAAGUGACAGCAAUAACGGAUCAGGAAACGUUUUCAAAGGCCCGUCUCUACCAGUUAGACAAGUUUAAAUUUGGAUUUCUCUCUGGGCUCUGGAAUCAACUUGAAACAACCCUCGUUCUACUCCUCAACGGCAUUCCGUUCUUUUGGUCACUCUGCGAAAAUUGGUCCAAGCAAGUUGGCCUUGGAAACGGUGAGCUCAUGGUAACGUCGCUUUUCAUCGUGCUCGGUGCCCUUCUUUCCACUGUGCUGGACCUGCCGUGGACAAUAUACUACACAUUUGUAAUUGAGCAACGGCACGGAUUCAAUAACCAGACUGCCAGAUUCUUUGCUGUUGACCGCCUGAAGAAAUUUGUCAUCAUGCAGUGCAUCAUGGUACCCAUUGUGGCAGCCAUUGUGCAGAUUAUCAAGAUGGGAGGAGACUAUUUCUUUGUAUACCUGUGGUUCUUUACACUGACAGUCUCUGUGUUGAUGUCAUUCAUCUACUCCGACUUCAUCGCGCCGCUGUUCGACAAGUUCACUGCGCUGCCCGAGGGAGAGCUCAGGACCAAGAUCGAAGCCCUUGCAGCCAGCAUUCACUUCCCGCUGAAGAAAUUGUACGUUGUGGAAGGCUCGAAGAGGUCGUCGCACAGCAAUGCCUACUUCUACGGUCUCUAUAAGGAAAAGAAGAUAGUCUUGUUCGACACGCUACUCGAGAAAAACACGCAAAGUGCCAAUGGAAUUGCGGAAGAGAAAGAGGGACAGCCGAAAGAACACAAAAAGUGUGGAUGUAACGACGAAGAAAUUCUCGGCAUCUUGGCUCACGAACUUGGCCACUGGAAAUUGAGUCACGUUUUAAAGAAUUUCGCCAUUGGACAGGUUCAUCUAUUCUUCUGUUUUAUGAUCUUUGCUAUGCUGUAUCAGGAUGCGAGGCUGUAUGAAGCGUUUGGAUUCUACGAUACUCAGCCUGUCUUUAUUGGACUCAUUCUGAUCUUCAUGUAUAUCUUCUCACCUUACAACACACUGCUGGAAUUCCUGAUGACCGGUCUGAGCCGACGUUUUGAGUUCCAAGCAGACGCCUUUGCCAAGAAGCUGCACCGGGCGUCGUACCUUCGCAGUGCCCUCGUCAAGCUCAACAAGGACAACCUGGGCUUCCCAGUCCACGAUUGGCUCUACUCUGCCUGGUACCACUCUCACCCGCCAACGCUGGAACGCAUUCGGGUACUUGGCCGCGCCGACGACUGAGACGUUUUUUUCCCUUCGUACCCUGCGAAUACUAUCCGUCGUCCUCGAUCGAGACUCGGUGCAAACCAGUUUCUUUUUUCUACUUUCGAAGCGUCGUUUACGAAGUACGCAACUAUGAGGAACAAAGAAACGGAUGCCCAAAUAAUUAAGCUGGAGUCUCGCGUGUGUGCCGACUGCUGCGAAUUUUGUACGUAAUUUUUCCGAGUGAAAAAAAAGGGGGGGGAAAGCUGCUAAUUUUUUUGCUCUCUCGCUGUACAGUGCGCCUGUUGUUGUGAAUUUGGUGCGUAAAUGUGCGUGUGCUUUGUAACUUAAUUUUUAACCCUCUGCGGGAUGUCACUCGUUAUGUUUAGCCGCAGUAGUAUUCUGAGAGAUCUUUAGGGCAGCACUGGCUUGAGUUUUAGCACCUGCUUUGAGCACCUUUUAAAAGGUUUAUAACCUGUUUCUAUAAUAGGUGCUUUGAAAGGCUUUAAACUUUUAAAGCGCCUUUUAUAAAAUGGGAAAUAUAUAGUAAUGAAAUAAAUAAUAAAAACAUUGUAAAAAA